AUGAAGGACUACAAAUUCGAGAUCAAGCCCAAGGCCAACCCAGGUGCAAUCGUGCAAGGUCCUAACUAUCGCUUUACAAUCCUGACUGACCGUCUGCUGCGUUAUGAAUGGUCUGCCGAUGGAAAAUUUGAGGACCGUGCCUCUACCUUUGCUAUCAAUCGUGACUUUCCAGUACCAAAAUACCAUGUCUACGAGGAAGGAAACCAAAAUCUCGCCAUAGUGACGGACUAUUUCCAACUGAGCUAUGACAAGCAGAAGUUUUCACCGUCUGGCUUGAUGGUCAGCUUCAGUGCCAAGGUAACAGAUUGGGGUGCCCAAUGGAGGUUCGGUUAUGAGGUAAAGCCUGGAAAUCUUGGAGGCACGACAAGAACUCUGGAUAUGGUUGAUGGUCGUUGUGAAGUCGAUCAGGGUGUUUGCAGCGUAGAAGGUUACGCCGAGGUCAACGAUUCACUUUCUAUGCUUUUCGAUGGUUCUGGCUGGGUCAGUCCACGCAUGUCUGGUGACCGAAUAGACGGCUAUCUGUUUGGCUAUGGGCUCGACUAUCGUGCUGCAGUCAAAGCACUCUAUCAACUGUCCGGUAAUCAGCCAGUGUUACCACGAUGGGCUCUGGGAAACUGGUGGAGUCGAUACUAUGCAUACAAGCAAGAUGAGUAUAUUCAACUGAUGGACAAGUUCCGAAAGCAAGACAUUCCACUAAGUGUGGCUGUUAUUGACAUGGAUUGGCAUCUUGUCAAAGACGACAGAGUGCCACAUGCAGGUUGGACUGGCUACACUUUCGACGAUAAGCUAUUCCCAAAUCCGACCGAGUUCGGACAACAGCUACAUUCGCGAAAUCUCAAGAUCACGCUCAAUGAUCACCCUGCUAUGGGUGUCCACCAUCACGAAGAUAGUUAUGAAGAGAUGGCCAAGGCUAUCGGACAUGAUACUAGCAACAAAGACCCCAUAGUUUUUGACCCAACACACAAAGAGUUCAUGGAUGCCUACCUCAGCAUUUUGCAUAGGAACAUCGAAAAACAAGCUUGCGACUUUUGGUGGAUUGACUGGCAGCAGGGUUCCUUCUCACGCAUACCUAGCAUCGACCCUCUGUGGAUGCUGAACCACUUUCACUUUCUGGACAAUGCAUUGCCGGAAGCCGGAGCAACCGUAUCGGCAGCUACAGGUGCAUCUGAAAAACGACCGUUGAUCUUCUCGCGAUACGCUGGUCCGGGGUCGCAUCGAUAUCCUGUCGGAUUUAGUGGUGAUACCGUCAUCUCCUGGGCGUCUCUUGCUUUUCAACCUGAAUUUACUAAUUCGGCCAGCAACAUCGGCUACGGGUGGUGGUCGCAUGAUAUUGGCGGGCACAUGUGCAAGUACUCUCGGGGCACUCGAGACGAUGAAUUGACCACACGAUGGGUACAGUAUGGCGUUUUUUCUCCAAUAAUGCGGCUGCAUUCGAGUAACUCAGCAUGGACCAGCAAAGAGCCAUGGUGCUACCGAGCAGAGGGCGAGAAGAUCAUGUCCGACUUCCUGCGACUGCGACAUCGGCUUGUGCCCUUCCUGCAUACCCGCAAUGUUACAGGAAGCACAGAAGGAGAGCCGCUUUGCCAACCCAUAUACUGGCACUUCCCAGAAGCGAAACAGGCGUACCGACACCGCAACAAUUACCUGUUCGGUUUCGAAAUGCUAGUCGUACCUGUUGUGGAGCCAAGGAACAAGCAAAGCAACAUGGCUACUGCACGAGCAUGGCUGCCUCCUCUCGGUAGAUAUGUCGACAUCUUCACUGGCAUCGUCUAUGAUGGCAACAGGGAAGUGAGUAUAUACAGAAGAUUACAGGAUUACCCUGUGUUGUUACACGAAGGAAGCAUAGUCGUGCUCGAUGCCGCAAAAGCACCUGCGAAUGGCUGCUUGAACCCGGAAGCAUUCGAAGUUUUAGUCUGCGUUGGCAGGAAUGGCCAAGCCAGUGUUCUCGAAUCACCAGAUGACGACUCAGAACAAGUCAAGAAAGAAGCGAACACGAGAGAAAGAGGAUCCUUGAUACAGUACAAGCAAGCAGAAGGAAAGCUCACCGCCAAUGUUACUGGUCGAACAUGGUCUUUCAAAUUCCCGGCCAUCGUCAAGGUUCCAAAAGAUCUGAAGGUCAGUGUUGGAGGCAAGGAUAUAACGAAAGAUGUCCAGGUCAACCUAGAGGCUUACCCGUCCUUGCCCAGCAUGGUGGUCAAGAUUCCGCAAGCUAUGGACGAUAAAGCAGAAAUCGUGAUUGAGCUUGGUGCGAACCCUCAAUUGGAUGUGAUUGAUCACACUGAACGUAUGAAGUCGUAUUUAAUGGACAUGCAAAUAGAUUUCUACACAAAAGAUGUGAUAUGGGAGGUCUUAAACGACGAAAGCAGCACAUUCAGCGUGAGGAUAAGUGAACUGCUUGCUAUUGGGCUGGAUGAGGCGGUUUCAGGACCAUUCGUGGAGUUGUUGCUAUCUGACAGUCGAUUGGCUUAA